AUGUAGUAAUAAUAAAUAUUACCUCCAUAUACAUUGACAUUAAAAGAGUUACUCAGUAGACCUAAUUUAGUAGUUGUCUCAGAGGAAGGAAUGAGAUUUAGAACUGAAAUGAGAGAAGAUACUCGUAGUGCAUCUCCAAUUCCCUAAAAACACAGUCAUUAGGCACUUAAAAAUGAUAAAUCUAAAGAUAUUACUAUCAAAGCUCUAAAAAUAGGAAAUUAAUCAUUCUAUUAAGGAAGGUAACUAUUAAAAUACUAAUAUAGAUAAAAUGAAACUUUAUUAAACACAAGUUAACUUAAAACAAAAUUCUAGAAACCUUAUGAUUAAAAAAUUGUAUAAAAACUAACGAGUAAAAUCUUAAGACCUGAAACUCCCAUUUAAACCAUUACAAAUAAAUUAUAAGAAUUAUAUAAUGAAAUUGAUAAAAAUGACAAAAAAAUUAUUAAGUUUGAAGAAACAAUUGAUCAAACCAACAAAGAAGCUGCUUUGGCUGUUAUUGAAUCUAAAUUAGCCAAAUUACAUUAAAAUUAUGAAAUAUAAUUGAAAAAAAGAGACUGGACAUAAAAGGUAUUUCAUUUACAUUCAUACUUUUGAGCAUAUUAAAGAAGUAUUGAGACAAUAGAAAUUAUAUAAUUAAAGAUAAAAUGAAUUAUAUGACAGUAAUUUUGAAAGACCUACUAAUAAAGAAAUCGAAGAAUCCUAUUACAAAGAUCCAAAAUACUUAUAAAGAAAACAAAUUAGAUUGCGUGAUUAUCAGAAAUGUAAAUUUGAAGUAGAGUAUAUUUGAAAUGCAUAGAAAUACUGGAAAUUGCAACCUAUAUUAGGCAAAUUUUAGACCUGAC